AUGUCGCUGCCCAGCCUCGAUGAGCUUGAACAACUCCCGGAGAUUGAGAAACAAUGGGCGGUCAAGGCCAUGCACCAUGCGGAAAUUUAUUUUAGACUGAUAUCAUCGGUUGAUACCCAGAAACUUCGUUUGACUCCUAGUGAUGAGGAGAUAUAUGAGGACUUCAAGAGUUCUUUUCCCGACUUCUCAAUAGACGUGGUGGACGAAGAAACGAUGAAAUCAAACGAGGGAAAGGAGAAAUGGAGAACAUGGAUGGAGAAGUACAAAGAUAAAGUUGAAGAUUAUAACUUUGGCACUUUGUUAAGAAAAAAUGUGAACGACGAUUAUACAGAAGAAAAUACCAUUUUUGGUGAGUCUCCCCUUGAGAAAAUUCUCGAACAAUAA